AUGCCACUAAUUAAUAUUGUUGAUCAAGAUCAAUUCUCUAGAUUGACUACUACCGAAGCUAAUGGUAAGAUUGUUGUAUUGUAUUUUUAUGCUACUUGGGCUGAACCUUGUAAAGCUAUUAAUGAUGUUGUAAAGGCAUUAAGUGAUGAGCCAACAAACCAUAAUGUUCAAUUCUUAUCUAUUGAUGCAGAUGAACAUUCUGAAAUUGCUGAACUGUUCAAUGUUUCUGCAGUACCUUUUUUCGUCAUCAUUCAAAAUGAAACUGUUUUGAAAGAAUUGUCAGGAGCUGAUCCAAAGGAAUUUGUUUCUGCUUUAAAUGAGUGUAAGACAGCUGCUUUAGGUGCAGGGUCAUCUUCUACUUCUGCUGCUUUAAAUGAUGAAGCUAGAGUUAGUGAUGAUGAGGAUGAGGAUGAAGAAGAAGAAACAGAAGAAGAACUUUUGGAAAGGUUGACUAAAUUGACUCAAGCCGCACCUGUCAUGUUAUUCAUGAAGGGCAGUCCUUCUGAACCUAAAUGUGGGUUUUCAAGACAAAUAGUUGGUAUCCUAAGAGAACAUCAAGUUAGGUUUGGGUUCUUUGAUAUAUUGAAGGAUGACUCUGUCAGACAAGGUUUGAAAAAGUUCUCCGAUUGGCCAACUUUCCCACAAUUAUAUAUUAACGGUGAAUUUCAAGGUGGUUUGGAUAUUAUUAAAGAAUCGUUGGAAGAAGAUUCAGAAUUCUUUCAAAAUGCUCUUCAAUCUUAA